AUGAACGAUUUCAUAAUUGGAGACAAUCUAGAAUUGGAAUCCUUUUUCAAAUAGAAUACGAAUGCCAUACAUGAAUAAAAUCCAACUUUGAGGAAAACAGCAAUCACUUAGAUAUAUUAAAAAGUUACAGAUCCAAAUAUUGCUCAAUCAGAUUCAUUGUCAUAACAAAUACUUUUAAAAUACGGCAAAGUACUUUUGAAGGCUUUCUCAGAUACCAAUGAAAAGGUUCGAGAAAUGUCCAUAAAAUCAAUGAUCGAAUUGAUAACAAAUUCAGAGGAUAAUGAACCCAUAUUGAGUUAUGUUUUUUCAGUCUUGAUAGAAAGAAGCAAUUGCUAGGACUUAGAAGGAAUCAGUCAUCUACCUGAGGUAAUGAGACCACCUCCCUCAUAACUGCCCACAAGACUAAUGAAAUUUAUUGAAGAAUCAGAAGAGAUUCGAUUACUGUUGAUAUAAUUCUUAUAUUCGAUUAUGUGUAAAAAUGAUAGUGAUAACUUACAUGAAUAUAUUGAUGACAUAGUAGAUAUUCAUCGAGCAUUUUUAAUGGAUCCCUUUGGAGAAGUCCAAAAGGAAGCUUGCAAGAGUUUGAGUAAAUUUUGCAAGGUCAACCAUUAAAUGCUCUUGCAUUUUACAGAGAAGAUGGGAAGAGCAAUUCUCCAUCCACUCGUGAAUAAGAAGAGUCCAGUUAGGAUAGCAGCUUUGGAGGCUCUAUCAGCUGUUCUCUUAUGCGGAGUAUGGAAAAAUAAUGCAUUUGUCUUUGAAAUAUUGACAGGCUUUAAAGAUCCCAACUCAGUUCCGAUAAAAGCCUUCUUUGAACCUAUGCAUCAUAUCAAUUAUUUUGCUACAUUAAUCAUUGAUCCAAAAUAAUAAGUAAGGUAAGCCUUCAUCAAGGAAAUUGGGUUUUGGUUGAGAGGAUUGGCAGAUAGGUGGGAUCAUCACCCAAGACUUGUUCCUUAUCUUUUAUCUGGACUCUUCGACAUUGAUCCAUCAAUUCAAGAGGCAGCCUUAUAGAUAAUUGAAGAUGUUGGUAAAGAGUGGGAGAUUGAAAAGGAGAAGGAUAUCAAAAAUGUGAGACAAUUAGGAAUAGAACCUGCUUGGAUAUUAGAUGGAAAAUUAUCAUAAUUGCCACUGCCUCCUCCUUUUAAGGAAAGACCUAAAUUGGGAAUGAGAGGAUUCAUUAAAAAUUAAGUGAGAAAAAUGUGGCCAGCUAUUUAUAAAGAGAUAGUGGAUAACAAUGAAGAAAAUAGAUUAAGAGCUAGCCAUCUCAUGACUUUAGGGGUUUUAUUUAGUGAGGAUUACAUGACCUAGUUUUUGGAUAACUUUAUACCCAAUACAAUCAUGGCCAUUAAACCAGGUUAAACUAAAAUAGAGAAGAAUGUUCAAUUAAAUUUAUAAAAAACUUAUUAAUUGUUGGGAAGAUUCUGCGAUUAUACUUCUUAUUCAUUUAUUAUCUUCUCAAGUAUGAGGGGUAAAUAUAUAAGGGAUGAACAAUAUAUGAGAAGUGCUACUUAAGCUCUAAGUUGGCUUUGUCAAGGAGCUAUUGAAGCAACUUUCGAGGGAAUUGGAACUAAAAUGGAAUUGUUGAGCAAUAUAGUAGAUCUUUUAUGCGAAAAUAGCAUGAUAGAGAGCAUUUCAACUAUCAAUCAUCUAGAAAUUUAGGAUUUACUCAAUACAGUUAAAAAGUCAAUUGAAAAGAUGGGCACUCAAGAUGAAGUGAUGGCCUUCAACGAGAAAUAUUAAUAUUAAUUAAACUUACUAGAUAAUGUAAUCAACUAUAUAUAAAAUUUCAAUGCCAUAUUGUUGAAUCAAUAAAUUUAAUAAACAUAAAAACUGUAGUACAGUGAGAGAGUAAGAUUAUUGAAAGUUGAUAAUUUGAAGAAUGACUUUUUAUUUGGAGAUUCAGGAUGGAAGAAUGUGAUUUCAGAACUUAUUCAUUAAUUACAUCAUGGGUCUACUUAAGCAUAUCAAUUAACUGAUUUACUUUAUGAUUUUAUACUCCCAAAUUCAUUACCUGAACCAUGUGACUUUAUUCUCAAACUUACAUAGCUUUUGUUGUAAUCAUUUGAAUAACAGCACUCCUAAUUAUAUAUUUAGAUUAUUCUAAAGUUGAGUGCAAUAGCAGGACAAUGGUUAAAUUCUCUAUAAUAAAAGUAAUUCACUUAAAAAUUGCUUGAUAAUUUGCUGGUGACCUUCAAGACAAUAUCUGGAUAUUUAGGCAAGAAGAGAGAUAUCGGAAAAGCUAUGAGCAAAGACUAGCUGUCCCUUGACUAUUACACUAGGACUGUCAUAGCAUUAUGUAGUUGUUAUUAGAAAUUUUACAGAAAGCAGUACAAUAUGAUUGUUGUUUGCGUAAGUGAAUUUUGUAAUUUGUUUUUGCCAUACCCCUCAUCAAAGCAUCUAUUGGAUAGUAAAAAUCAGAAGUUUUUAUUGCCGAACUUACAGCUCUUUUGCUUUGAUGCAAUCGAUCAAAAUGGAGGGGAAUAGAAUUAAGAAACUAGAAAGCAUCUUUUUUCCAUUUUGUCAUACAUCAAUCAAUUUAUACCUGUUUAGGAAACUUAUUUGGGAGAUGCACAUGUGAUUGAGAACUACUAGAAAUACCUCCAACAAUUAUUGCGGUUAUGCAUUGAAGAGAAAGAUCUCUAGUUCUAAGAUCUAUAUAAGAUCAUGAUUAAGGAACUGUGCAAUAAGACAAGAAAUAACUUUUUGUAGGAGCUUGAAAUAGCGAAACACAACAAUCAAUUGUCAAGAGUUGAACUGCUUUAUGUCAUUAUAAAUUAAUGA